UAGGAAUGUAUUUGCCAACCUAUCUCUACUGCACCCUGAGCUAAUUAUCCCUGACCUACUGGAUAAUCUUGUAUUCUAGGAAUGUAUUUGCCAACCUAUCUCUACUGCACCCUGAGCUAAUUAUCCCUGACCUACUGGAUAAACUAAAUGUUGCUUCUGAAUCCCUUACCGAACCUCACAGGUUCCACGUGUGCAUCCAGGCUCUGUCUGCAGCUGCCGGUCCACUGAUCCGAACCUACCCUGAGCGUGCCUUGGAUCUAUUAAACCUCCUCCUUCCUGGGAUAGAUGUUAAUGAUAUCUGGAAGUGUACAGAUAUAUUUGUUCUAAUGUCGGAUCUAUUGGAGAUGAUGCCAAUAUGUGAUCUCACCAAGUCAAUGGAUUCAAAAGAUCCAAGUGAGGAGGAGAUAAGCUUGAGGUCUAAAACUGCAAACUUUGAGAACUUUGUUCUUGCUUUCAUGGAUAGAUGUUUUACACUCAUAGAGAACACAAGAAGAGAGAAUAUCCGUGUUGAUGCUGGAACUAAUGAUGAUUAUCUAAAUGACGAAGAACUAGCAGCAGAUGCUGCCAUUAAUGACACAUUUCUAAGAAUUGUUGGCAACAGUUCAGCCGCCAUGUUCUCCAGAAUAUUCCUUAAACUUCAAAACUAUCUUCAAGGGAAGAUUGUUGAACCAACUGUAGCUGGUGGAAUACUGGCCAGCAUGUGCAAGAGUAUUGUUCAAACCAACCCAGCACAAGGAUUAGCAUUCUUUGUUCCUUAUCUCUGCGACUGUCUCGUCAAGUUGGUUGGAGAGAGGGAGGGGAAGAAGAAGGAGGAUCAUAAAACAGAUGAAGAACUACAGUUUAACCUCCAGCUACUAGCGGAGGUCAUCUCGGUCAAAAAUGUUCAGAUUUACAGGUCCCGUGGGAGUGAUAUUCUACCGUAUAUACCACAGAUCUGUUCAGUACUAGAUGUCACACUAAACCUAACCCAGAAAGACGAAUAUGAACUCGCCCACGGAGUCAUCCAGUCCCUUUUGACCUGGCUGUGUCAUAUUCGCCUGGUUGAACUGUCCCCGCGAUUAGAGGAGUCUACGCGGGGCUGGGGGACCACUGUUCACGUAGAUACUAUAAACAUUGACUGGUUUGUACCUGGUGUUCAGGAGCUGGAGAUAGUUAAAGGGUUGCUAACUAGAUAUUUGACCCCGCUUGUAGAAUCCCUGGACAGGUAUGCUAAUGGAACUGAAAGUAUUGAGAAGGAUGUAUUGCAGCGUACUCUAAAGUUAGUGUGGAGGAUUGUGAGUGGAGUGAGUGAACUAACUCCACCUGAACAGAUCACUAAGUGGGAAAGUGUUCUCUCUACAGGGUUGGAGUGGUUGGAUAAACUUACAAUCUGUAUUCCUGGACCACAAGGAGAUAUUCCUCUUAGACAGGGAUUGAGUGAGCUGAUGUCCCGGGUUCAGGCGAGGAUCUGUGAGGUUGGGAAUGAUGAUACAGACUCCUUGUGUGCCUUGAUAUAUGUCUAUGAUAUCCUUCUCUUCUGCUUUGGGCUGGAUGAGGAUGAAAUAGGGGAUCAUCUUGAGGAUCAUAAGAGGGAUAAACAGCACCGUGAGGACCGUCUACACCGGGGGAAGAAACAUCUGCACAGUGUGAUACUUGAGAGGAUCAGUAUACAGUGGGAAACGCAACUCUGGCUCAGAUAUUUAUUAGUUUUGGAAUCCCUGUCUGAGCGGACCCUGGAGAAUAUCUUCAUGUUAUGUGUUCAUCAGUAUAGUGAAGUCAGGAUUAUAGCUCAGGAGAUAUUCCAUAAAGUAAUAGGUAGAAUAGGAAGACCUAUACACAAGUUGGUUCUGCCUAAGCUCCUAAGAUGCCUGGAGAACAACCCAGCUGUUACCGAGGAUAUGUUAAAGGGUGCCCUCUACCUACUCAACAACGAGAAGUUUUUGUUCUUCUAUUCUUGGGAGAGUGCUGCAAAACUGUGGCCUGCUCUGAUAACAGCUGUUCAUAGUGAUAAACAGAGUGUAGAUGAUCUAUUGAGAGAUAUAGGGAUCAAGCUUAACAGAUAUUAUCAGGAGUUUACUCUGUACACUCUACCCCUGUCUAACACUGAGCCCUCUGCUAUACUGAUGGAGACGGUUCGUGAGUAUCCGGGCAUACAGAAAACAAGCAGUUUAUCAAACCUAUCCUUGGGAGACCAUCUUCAUUUUCAGGAGUUAGAAUCCCGUAUCCUUGAGCUGGUUACAGGGAAGAACCUGCACUGGAGGCAUCAUGAGAUGGCUGUUGGUAUGCUGCUAACUAUGGUUACAUACGAUCAUACUCCUACACGGGAUACUACCAGUCUCUGGCUUAAACUACUUUUAGACGAUCAGAGAAAUAUCAGGUGUAUGGCAUACCAGGCUCUGGAAGGAAUACUUAAACUGGAGAAGGUUACCAGCAGGAAGGUUCCACUAGAAGAUAUUAUUUCAGUUAAACCAGGAGGUCACCCAGGGUAUCCUGGUGUACGUCCGGACAAUGAGUUCAUGCAGUACAAGAAUAUGGAGUUGGAUGAGCUUGAACAGUACUGGAGUAAACCGUUUAUCGUAAAGUCCCACCUAGGAUACUGGAGCUGGCCAGCUAAUGAGAGAGUUCGGAUCCCGCACACUGACGAGGAUUUUAAUCAUCCUCCGGACUCAGUUCGCAACCUCAUUGCACAGUUCUUUCUGGACGAGAACCUCGUCACAAGGUUUGUAGAAUUGAACUCCCUGGAGCAUGAAAAGGGUUUGGAUUUUUUCAGCAUGGAUAGGGGUCUCUUCCUUAGCUUCCUCAUAGAGAAUAUUGGUCCUCAACUAGCUCAAGUAUUCCAGCCCCAUAUAGAACGCCUGGUCGGAUCACCGGAAGAGUCUCAGCAGCGCGCUGCCGCGGAAAUGGUUUAUGGAUUGGUACGCGGCAUGCGCUUCUGGAACUUCCAGUCAGCUCAGCAGGCAUGGGCUUGGUUACUUCCGGUCUUUCAACAGGUAUUAAACAGUGUAACCCUGGAGACCCAGUCCGACUGGGAUCUUUGUUUCAGUGGAUCCAGUAACAAGGCUGAUCCUAACCGUCUCCGAGUCAUGCUUGAGCUCCUCGUUACAUCAGAGAAUCUAGUCUCUCAGGGAGCAUUCAAGGAGAGCUCCUACCUACUGUUUGUGAACAAAUGUUUGAGUCAGAACUGGAGAAUAAGAGAACUGUACAAUAGAACCUACAACAUUCUCAGAUCUCAUUGGGACCAUCCUUAUACUAAUGUUCGACAUCAGAUAGCAAACACGCUGGCAACCCUGCUCUCCAUGGAUAUACCUCUGUAUGGUGUAAAUGACAAGUUUAAUGUCGGAUCAGGGUUCCCAACUAAGAAAAUGUUUUUGGAUGAAGUUAUUCCUAUGCUGAACCUGAAUUAUCAUAACCCGGAGUUUUCCAGGGAUGAAACUCCAGUAUCAGGAACUGUAACUCCGUCUAUGAGAGACGGAACUGCUUCUCCUUCCACUGCUACAGAUACUCCAAACACAUCAAGCGAGGACGUUUCUAUGACAAUGGAGGUCGAUGACGAUACAAAGAAAGGGAACCGUAUUCUGGAGACAGUAUCCUUAUGGAUCUUAAACCAGAUCAAGAUCAGCUCCGCCACCAUCACAGAGGAGAUGUUCCGGGUUCUACCCUUCCUCUGUCAGUUCAUCGGAACAGAGACGGAUCAGGACGUUUCUCAAUCCUGCUUACAGGCUCUGAGCUAUAUGUCAGCUAGUAUCCUACCUGACUCUGCUAUCCAACCACUGCUUGAUAUGACAAAGAAGAUUUCCCACUCCAGUAGUUAUAAAACUAAACUGUCAAUGCUCGAGUAUAUUCAGGUUGCCGUUUUUACAAACUUUCCGAAAGUUGUGGAGAACCCAGGUCAUAGAGCAGAGGUUCAAAACCAGGUUCUUCAUCUUCUCCAGGAUGAGAAUCUUUCCGUGAGACAAAUAGCUGGAAAAAUUCUUGGAGGACUUCUUCACUCCGGGUUUAUUGAUCAGACAGAGAUUGACCGUCUGCUGGAGGAUCUACGAGCUAGGAUACGACCCAGGAUGCAGAGGACAGGGAAAACAUAAAACAUAAUUAUCUAUUAUACCUGGAUUAGAUUGACCGUCUGCUGGAGGAUCUACGAGCUAGGAUACGACCCAGGAUGCAGAGGACAGGGAAAACAUAAUAACAUAAUAUACUAAUAUACCUGGAUUAGAUUGACCGUCUGCUGGAGGAUCUACGAGCUAGGAUACGACCCAGGAUGCAGAGGACAGGGAAAAGGUUUAGAAAAGUGUCAACUAUGGAAACUGAAGAUAAUUCAAAAGAAAAGAUCAUUCUCCAUCAUUCCGGUAUACUCGGCCUUUGUUCCUUCGUAGAAGCGUUCCCCUACGAGGUUCCAAGCUUUGUUCCUCCGAUCCUUAUGGAACUAUCCACUCAUCUGAACGAUUCACAGCCUACACCAGCAACCAUCAAGAAAUGUCUUCAGGAGUUCAAGAGAACUCAUCAGGAUAACUGGCAGGAGCAUAAAACCAAGUUUACUGAAGAUCAGCUUGUUGUGAUGACAGAUCUAUUGGUAUCCCAGAACUAUUAUGCUUAAUAAAAUAGAAGUGGUUUUCUUUUAACACCAGUCGAGCACAAAAUGUUAUGUAUAAAUCAAUUUACAAUCAAGUAUUUUUCCUCUUUUUUUCAGAAAAAAAAUAUUCAUUUAUGAUAUUUUUAUACGGUACAGUUUUAUUGUACAAGAAUAUGAUAUUUUUUCACAGUUUUAAGUCCGAAUAAUUAGAUGUGUUUUCCCAACGCUGCACUGUAUGCUUGUAAGUCGCAAGGUUAAAUUCAAAUUUUGAUGCUUAUAAUGAUUAUAUGAAAAAAAUUGUUAAAUUCCAAAUGACGAUAUUUAAAUAAUAAUAUUCUAACAACAUGACAUUAUAAUAGUUGGGUUCUUUUUAUAUUUAUUCAUUCAUGUUUAUGCUUACUCAAGCUUGAUUUGAUUUUUUUGUUUAAAAUCCUAGUUUCCGGUUCAUCUACUUUUAUCCUUCCUUCCGUUCUUUUCAUUUGUUUCCAUAUCCUUGUCCUUGUCUCACUCCUUCCCGUUCUGUACUUUCAACCUUCCCGUUUUUUCUCUCCCCCUCCCUUCUAUAAAUAUAUCAACUUGCACCCUUUCCAACGAA